GUUAGUCCAGCUGAAACUGCGGUCGCAGAGGCUGGGCAGAGUUCAACGCAACAGGAUGUGGAGAGCGAUGACGAGGAGUCUCUUGCACAGGGAGCGCAGGCAAGCUCCAGCUACAAUGUUUCAGACGGUUGUGGCACAACAGCAGAUCAAGGAGACACAACCUCAAGAUUUUCAAACGGCUCAGACAGCAAGAGCCAGCCAGUCGACGGCAUCUCUGGGACAGAGCAGAUUGUACAGGUGCCUGCUUUGGUCCAGAACUUGACCGGAGACCCUGGAACGGGUGUGUCGGUGGAUAGUCCAUUUGCACAUGAGGUACCUCUGCCUUUUCCCGGGUCUAAUCAUACCUCUAGUAUGCUCUCUAUCAACCUGGAAGCACUGGAGUUCGGGACCGACAGGCGGACGACAGUCAUGCUUGUCAAAAUCCCCAAGUCCUGCCAGCCGGAUCGCUUCCUCGGGCGGCUGCGUGACCUCAAUUUGCUCACCAAGGUGAGGUUCUAUUACAUGCCCAUGAACGCUGCCCGAAACCGCCCUUGCGGCUACAUCUUCCUAGACUUAGAGGACUCGGAGGAUGUUGUGCGCCUUUGCAAAAACCUGCGGCUGCUGGACAACUUGCUUGGCGCCAGGCAAGAUCGAAAGAUACAGGUAAAUUUUGCCCGCAUUCAAGGAUGGAGAGCUCUCCUUCAGCACUUCUGCGGAUCGGAGCUGAUGUUCGAACCCGAUGCCAACCGGCGCCCUCAGUUCUUCUUUCCGCCUCGCAUCGGAAAGUCCAGUAGUGGCAACUGCGUGGUCAACCCCAUCGACUUGAGGCAAUAG